AUAUUUUGUACUGGAAACUCCAUGGAAUUUGAUCAUAUUCGUGCUUGAGCUUGAUUCAAGCAUUAGAAGGAAAUUUUAACUGUGCCGAUAAAAAUGUCUGUGGGGAAGCUUUUAAUGUGGAUUUCAUAUUCUCUGAUCGUGAGCGAAUGUCAUAAUUGGAAGGGACACGAAGAAGAUGGCUCGAAGUUAAUCCGCAUCGAUGGCGACGUAAUCCUCGGUGGAAUUUUCCCUAUGCACGAACAGGUGUCUGGGUCCAUCGGUCAAUCGCCGUGCGGUGCUGUAAAAGAGGAAAAAGGAAUGCAGCGUUUAGAAGCUAUGCUAUACGUCCUCGAUGAAAUAAAUGCGGACAAUGAUUUAUUACCGAACACCACCUUAGGUGCCCUUAUUCUCGACUCUUGCAGCAGCGAUACUUACGCUCUUGAUCAAAGCAUGGAAUUCGUCAGAUCCUAUAUGAACCAGGAUAUAACGGAAUAUAAAUGUGAAAAUGACAAACCACCGACGUACAUACCUCACAAGCCCGUGUCUGGCGUUAUAGGAGCUUCCUUCAGUGUAGUCUCCAUUAUGGUCGCUAAUAUUUUGAGACUAUUCAAGAUACCGCAAAUAAGCUAUGCAUCGACGAGCACAGAGCUGUCGGAUAAAAGUCGCUUCGAAUAUUUCAGUAGAGUAGUACCGCCAGAUAAUUUUCAAGCCCAGGCAAUGGUGGAAAUUAUUCAUCUACUCGGCUGGAAAUACGUUUCCACGGUUGCAGUUGAAGGUGAUUACGGAGAGAAGGGUAUUGCCAGCUUUAUCUCUCUAUCGAUGGAGUACGGUAUUUGCGUAGCAGUUAGCGAGAAAAUCUUAAGAAACGCCAAAAGCGAGGACUUUGAUAAAAUUAUUGACCGGCUCGGCUCGAAACACAACGCCAGAGGUGUAGUCCUGUUCGUCGAUGAGGAUAACGUAAGGAAACUCCUCCAAGCGGCAGUCAGAGCCAAUCGCACAGGUCAUUUUAUGUGGGUGGGUAGUGACUCCUGGGGCGCCAAAGUUUAUCCAGUAAGAGAUCAAGAGUUCGCUGCUGAGGGCGCGAUCACAAUUUUACCCUACAGAACUUCUCUUCAAGAUUUCGACAACUACUAUCUAAACCUUCGUCCAAGAGUGGGCAAUGAAUGCGGUGAUCAAACUGAGAGCAACGUGCUACAUAAACAGCUACCCAGGAAGACAGUCAAUUGCCGCAACGUUUGGUUCCGCGAAUUUUGGUCCCAACAUCAUAAGUGCAGUUUCAGUGCGAAUUUGUCUACCGAAAUGACACGCUGUACUGGCACAGAGGAAUUAGUCGAUUACGAGCAAGAAGGCCUGGUACCAUUUGUCGUUGACGCAGUUUAUGCUAUAGCACACGGUGUUCACAAUUUAAUUGAAGAAGAAUGCGUGAAUAAUCUUGGAACGACGCACUAUUUAUGCGAGAAACUUCGUCCAGCACCCGAUGGUCAGCAGCUUCUUCAGCAUAUUCGAAAUGUCAGCUUUAUCGGUCGUCAGGGGACUGAAAUUAAAUUUAAAGCUGAUGGCGAUGCGUACGGAUUUUAUAAUAUUUAUCAGUACCAGAGAAACGAAGACGGUCGAUUCGAUUAUGUUCUGAUCGGCACAUGGAAAGAAGAAUUGACACUUGAUAUUAACAUAACAAGGUGGGCGACAGGCGCUGGUGAAAUGCAUAUCCCUCGAAGUUUAUGCAGUGAUAAUUGUCCAUUAGGCCAUAUCCGUAAUUUUCAAGAAACUUGUUGCUGGAGUUGCGUGGCGUGUCGAGAAGAUGCUUACGUUUUCAACGACUCGUGUCACAGUUGCGGACCUGGACAAGCCCCGGAUGAGACAAUGACAAACUGCAUCAAACUCACAGCAGAGGUCAUUCCGUGGACCAGUCCAUGGGCACUGGUGCCAUUAAUAUUUGCAUCCAUCGGCAUACUUAGUACUUUAUUCACUACAGCGGUUUUUAUUCGUUUCAACCGUACCCCAGUGAUUAUGGCAUCCGGCCGUGAAUUAUGUUACGUGUUGUUGGUAGGAAUUCUAUCAUGCUACGGAAUGAGUUUCGUGAUACUAAGCAGGCCAACUACGUGGAACUGCACGUAUUUGAGAAUCGGUUUGGGCCUGUGCUUGAGCAUUUGUUAUAGCGCCAUACUAACCAAAACAAACCGAAUAUCGCGCAUUUUCAAUCAAGGAACAAAGAGUAUAAAAAGGCCUUCCUAUACUUCACCGAAAAGUCAAGUUGUAAUUGCAAUCGGGAUCACUGCAGUGCAAUUAACUGGUGCUAUCGUGUGGCUAAUUAUCGAACCACCAAACACCACGGAAAUAUACCCUUAUCCGCUAUCAGCGGUGCUCACAUGCCGCGUUUCCACAUUUUCUCUGAUGAUGUCACUCGUAUACAACAUGUUCCUAAUACUCAUGUGCACUUUAUACGCAUUCAAAACGCGCAAAAUACCGGAGAACUUCAACGAAGCGAAAUACAUUGGUUUUACAAUGUAUUCAACCUGCAUUGUAUGGUUGGCAUUCGUGCCCAUCUACUUUGGCUCGAAUAAUGACUACAAGGUACAAAUAGCAAGCAUGUGCAUGUGCAUCAACAUCUCUGCGUCUGUAGCUCUCGGUUGCCUCUUCACGCCAAAGGUAUACUUGGUACUCUUUCAACCAUACAAAAAUGUUCGGCCCGGACAUGCGAAUACAGGCCCAGUACAAAGUAGUAAUCGCGCGGCGUACAGUAUGCGAUUCUCCGGUGGUCGGAGCCAAACGUUGCAGAGCAUGACCUCUUGUUCCCGCAGCAGUCCACCGACAACUCGUCAGGGACAAGAUGAGGUGAAGCAUGCCAACGGCGAGACCCAAGCACUGGCGAGCCCAUCCAUCGAGGAGACCUCGGUUAGCUAGGUCUCUCUCAUACACCUCCCAUCCUGUCAAGAUUAUCAGGGCAGGAUUCGUGAAAACGAGGUGGAGGU